GGAUGGAAAGCUGUGUCUCUGGGAUCUGCAGAACCGCUCCUUGCAACAUGAGUUUUCUAGCAUACCUGGGAACAGUGGGCCCAUCCUUGACAUGGCCUACUCCCCAAAGAGGAGAGAAUUUGCUUUGUCUUCUAGCACUGGCAGAAUUUUUAUCUGUGCUUUCAAUCCUUACUGUGCCAAUCUGAUACUCCUGGCUGAACUUGGGCACCAAGUUAGUGUUGUAGCCUUGGUCUGGCAUCCAUUAGAGGACAAGUGGGUCAGCGGUUCUGAAGAUGGCUGCAUUCGACUCUGGAGUGAAGAUGGAGGAUGCUGCAUGAAGGAGCUGAGAACCCCCAGAGGCAUCACCUGCCUUGGCAUUGAUCAGGUCAAUGGCUGCAUUGUUGCAGGGGUCCAUGACACCAUCAGGGUUUAUGACACUAAGUCUGGGGUGCAAGUACAAAGUCACACAGGGCAUCAAGACUCCAUCAAGGGCCUCAUCCAUGUCCCAGAAAUGGAACAGUAUGUGUCAGUCUCACUGGAUGGCACAGUGUGCAUGUGGAAGGCCUAUCAUCAGGGGGACUAGCCAAUCACCUUCAUCAGCUGGUGACAUAUUCUCAUGCUGCAUAUUAGCACACCUGGUCGUUGGAAGUGCCCACUUUGUUACUACACCAGAAAGCUCAAAAAUAUAUGAGCAGUCUGUGCAAAAUGUUCAGAAACUAAGAAAUAUCUGGGUGUCCAGAUAUUUCAGUGUCCUUUCCAGUGGUCAAUGGUGUGGUUUGUUUGCUGUGAUGCUUUCAAAAGUGUGGCUUCUUUACUUUGAUGCUUCUGCAUAGCUACUAGCCCCUGUCCAUCUGCCUCUCCUUCCUUUUUCUGAAAGCUAUAUUUUAUGAAAAUCCAAACUUUGGAGCGAGAACAAUUUAUACAUACUGAAUAGUUUCAGCAAGUGUUUCUGCUGCUUGUUUAUUCAGCCUAUGAGUGGCCAGAGUAUGCUGCCAGGUGCCUCCCUGAAGAAACUAGCAGGUUAGAGUUGCCAACCUAUAGAUGGCGUCUGUCAUUGUCUCAGAAUUACAACUGAUGUCUAUCGAUAGAGAUCAGUUGUCCUGGAGAAAAUGGCAGUUUUGGAGGGUGGACUCUGUGGCAUCACAUCCUUACCCAACCGACAACUGCACCCUUCCCAGGCACCACUUCCAAAUCUCCAGUAAUGUAUGUGAAAUGAAAGCUGGAAAGAGAAGACCCAAUGGAAGAAAGGACCACACUCAGAGUGGUCUCCUGGCAUCGACCACAGCCCAGACCUUUUCUUUACAGUUCCUAAUCCAUGGAAUGGGCUCCCUGAAGAAGUAUGGGGAACCCACUGAUUGCAUCUUUAAACAGUGAUGCAAAGCUUUCUUCUUUGUCAAGAUUUCUGGGAAAGGAGCAGCAGACAUUUAUUGAGGAGGGAGAGGAGUAUCUGAGGUUUUAACUUGUAAUUUGGUUACAAGUUAAAACCGGAGUAUUUGGUUUUAACUUGUAAUUUGUUCAUUAUUGCAUGUAUGACUCACUGAACCAAGAAAAAAGGUGGAAUAUAAAUAUUUUAAUAAUUAAUAAAUACAUUUCCUCUGGCAAAGGAAGAGAAAAAAAAUCUGGAAUUGGCUGGCAGAAAAAUUACCUGGGCAAGUGCUCUUGGUUUUGUACUGAUGUUAUUCUGCCUCAGAUGCUGUGUGUCCAAUUGUAUAACUGCAAAUAAACAGUAUUAGAUAUAA